AUGGUUGCAUCCACCUCAUUAGACGUUGUUCCUGACGAUCCCACGGCAUACAAGACUCAAAAGUACUGGGAAGAGCGAUACCAACAAGAGGACUCUGGCACCACUUUUGACUGGUUCAAAACCUAUGCUGAAUUAAAGCCCUUGUUGAAUGAGGCCAUUCCUAACAAGGAUGCCAAGAUUCUUAUGCUUGGUUGUGGUAACUCCACCUUGGGAGAGGAUAUGUAUGACGAUGGAUAUAAAUACAUUACCAACAUUGAUUACUCCAAGACUGUCAUUGACAACAUGAAGAUUCGUUGUGCUGAUAAGCCUGAAAUGACAUGGUUGGAAAUGGAUAUCCGUGAUUUAAAGUUUGACAAUGAAUCAUACGACGUUGUGAUUGAUAAAGGUACUAUGGAUGCCUUGAUGUGUGAUCGUGGUGACGUUUGGGAGCCUUCUGAAGAAUUAAUCAAUGAUGUGAAGGGAGAGGUAGAUGAAGUUGAAAGAGUCUUAAAGGUCGGCGGUACCUUUUUAUAUAUUACAUUCGGUCAACCUCAUUUCCGUAAAAGACAUCUUCAAAGAGAUUGUUGGAACAUUGAUAUCAAAACUAUGGGUACUGCAUUCCAUUACUUUUUCUACACCAUGAUUAAACAGUAG